AUGGACCGGCUUCAUGAAUUGGCUGAAGGCUUCAGAAGAUCUCUAAAACCCCACCAUGAAGAAGAGUUUGGAAACACGACUAUGGAGGACAUGCUAAAGGAGAUCAAUGAUAUUCAAUUGUUAAGAGACCGAACCAACAGCAUGAUGGAUAUGAAUCGACUGCGAAUGUUCCUUGACGGUCUGAAAGAACUCGAGAAAAUACUUUUACAACUCGAGUUCCCUGGCACGAAAGGCGUAAUGUCAAUCGUCUGGGGCUCGGUGAGGUUUUUCCUCAGGAGUACCAACACUACCGAUAGGGCAUUUGACGGACUACUCAAUGUUUAUGGACUCCUCGGAGCCCAACUCUUACCCUUGACCAAGUUCGAGGAAUUCUUCCGAAGAUUUCCGUUGGCCAUAGAGUGUAUCGCCAAUAUCUAUCAGGAUAUCCAGCGAUUCCAUUCUGCAGCAUACAGGCUUUUCUCACUUACAGCGACGCUAUGGCAGCGUCUCCAGAAGUCUGUGUGGGAUGACGCAAGUGACUUCUUUUCAAGUCUAUCCGAUUCUCUAGGUUCACACGCCAAGUUUAUCAAAGAACGCAGUUUUUCUACAGAAGACUAUCGCGCCCUUCAUGCGGCCUUCCAGCAGUAUUCGUAUGGCCUUCAGUCAGAUUGGAAGAAGUUCGAGGCCGAUGAGAAGGCCAGACGUCGUGGAAGGAAAAUCGAAGUCACUGAGUGGAUUGCUUCUUCCGUGAAGAUGCCACGGUUACAAGAGGAGUUUCGUGAUAUGGCGAUCUGCCCUAGGAGUGGUCGCUGGCUUUUCCGAAACUACAGCGAGAUCUCGGAGUGGAUGGGCGAGGACGACCCUCCUCACUCAGCCAUAUGGCUACACGGGAACGUGGGAUAUGGUAAAACGGUACUUGCAUCGCUGAUAGUCGACGAACUGAAAUCGUCUAAACUUCAGAGUACGAUGCCAUCUUUUCCAGAGGACAGUAAAACAUGUUACUUUUACUGCCAAGAAGACGACAUUGAACACAGGAACCAUCUUGAUAUCUUAAAGGGUAUACUCCUGCAGAUGGUAGAGGCCGAGGAUUAUAUAGUCCCAUAUUGCUACCAGGAAAAGGCCACAAGUGGAGGUCCUAUCCUGAUAGAUGCGAAGCUGGCUCAAAAGCUCAUCAAGACGUUUAUCGAGUUCUCUGCAAGACACUACAUUGUGAUAGAUGGGGUGGAUGAAUGUCACGGAGCCGAAAUUCAACAAACUGCCAAGUUCUUCAAGGAUCUAGUGUCGGUAUAUGACACGCAAAUCAGAUUGGGGCACCUGAGGGUUCUUUUCAUCGGCCGAGAAACAACAGAUACCAAGAAACACAUAUCCGGAGAUGAUUGCUUCGGCAUAUUGCUUAGGCCCGAGGACAACCACGAUGAUAUUAGAGCUUUUGUACAGGAGAAACUUCCAGAGUUCUCAAAGUCAAGUCGCGGUAUUGGUUUCAGUCUUUCUGAAGCUGAUAAAUCAGAUGUUGAGCGGAUAAUAUGCCGACAAAGUCAAGACUCCUUUCUCUACGCACAUCUGGCUAUAGAAUUCCUUUUAAAGCAAGAUACCAAAGGUGACUUGAUAACCUUGCUGAGACAUGGAAUGCUACCAACAAAGCUUAGAGACAUGUACGAAAGAUUGCUCGACUCGGUUAAGAAUAGUCUCAUGGCACAAGCAGGAGGUCCCGCAAGGUGGAAGAGAUCAAAGCUACUAUUUGGAUGGCUCAUCUGUGCCAAAAGACCACUUAGAUGGCACGAGAUGCAGGCAAUCUUAUGCUUUGAUCCCGAAAAGCUUCAGAUCGACUUCGAGAACAACAUGCUACGACAGGAUAUGGAGAAAUACUUGACCCUCCCAUGCUUCAUCCAUAACACCAACUACCCGGCACACCAAAGAAGCGAACAUGCCAAAUUGGGUUGGUUCUCUUUCCAGGAUUACGCGUGUGCUCAUUGGCUAUAUCAUACCGACACUUUGAUCAGAGAGUGUAGUGAAGUCUUCACAACCGAGACUUUUCAAAGCGUCGCCGAAGACUUCGCAUCUGCGUUGAAGCAAUUUGUCAAUAUUCAUCGCGCGGACUUGAGUACCACCAAACACGCUGAAUUGGUUGAAGAGCAUAUAGAGAAAUUCGUGAACUUGGAACUCUACGAAGACCUUUACUUGCUGUGGAACCACAUAUACACUCACCAGCGAGGUGAUUAUGCAACACGAAACACUGUUGGCGUUAAACAGAUUGAAAAUGGACUUAAAGAUAAUAGAAAGAAGCUGGAGAUUUUCAGACCCGACGAAAAGGCUGGUGAUGAGGAUACCAUCGGGGACUAUUAUGGCUUGAACCUCUACAAGUGUCAUCGCACAUUGUGUCGCUUCUUCUAUGUCGGCUAUAACAACAAACGCGACCGACAUGACCACGGAAGGCGACACGAGAGGCCUUUUCAAUGCCCCGUCUCCUGCAAUGCUGCCCCUCUUGGUUUUGCAAGCAACAAGGAUAGGGACCGACACGUCAACAUCUACCAUCCGGAACUCAGCGAAGGACCCGCCAUCUUUGAGGUUUUGAGCCGCCGACAGAUCCCAGAUCUCGACUGA